UAGUGUUCGAAGUUCAAAGUUUCGACGUGAUUUAAAAAAAGAAGAAAAUGCAGGGGUGGAGAAUCUUUUCUAGAAAAUCUUGAAAGCAUCUUGUAGCUAACUUGACUAUGGUCAUAAGGAAGGCCAAUUAAUCAAAUGUGUUGUUCUGUUCAAGUGUUAGUUGCCUCCUUCCAUAAAUACAGACUCCAUUAUCCCACAAUUUCUUCACAAUAUACCUUCAACUCGACCAGUCAACUAAAAUUCAACCCAACUUCUCCUCCUUUUUUUCACAUCUUAUUUUAUUUUUUGUCUCCUUCCUCUGAAAAUUGUACAGAAAUAGAAAAACCAACACAUUCGAGUCGCCGCGUCUCAAUAUUUUACUCCAUUUCAAACGAAACCAAAGUAAGACUCUCUCCUCGUACAAACCAUACACCGCCAGUCUAUUGUAGAAUUACGUCCAGGGGCUCUUUCGUCAUUUCAAAUAAGUUCGUAUAUAUUGGAAAAAAAUGAAACUGUCACUCUCUGCUUCCCAACAAAUUCGGCCGUCGCUACACAUACCUAGCACGAGCAGUCAGCUCCUCCGCCAUGGCCAGCCGAAGGAGAAGGUGGUGGUGGUACUCGGCGUCACCGGCGCCGGUAAAUCGCGCCUCUCGAUCGACCUCGCCACUCGAUUCUCCGCGGAGAUCAUCAAUUCCGACAAAAUGCAGGUCUACCAAGGCCUCGAAAUCGCCACCAACAAAAUCACCGACGAGGAGCGGCGCGGUGUGCCGCACCACCUCCUCGGCGUCGCCGAUCCCGAAUCCGACUUCUCCACCGCCGAAUUCCGGGCAAUGGCGUCGAUCUCGCUGCGGUCGAUCCUCCGCCGCCGGAACCUUCCGAUCAUCGUCGGAGGCUCAAAUUCGUUCGUUGAGGCGCUCGUCGACGCGAACUUCCGAUCGCGCUACGAUUGCUGCUUCCUGUGGGUGGACGCCGCGAUGCCUGUGCUGGCCUCGUUCGUGUCGGAUCGCGUCGACAGGAUGGUGGAGAGAGGGAUGAUCGAAGAAGUUAGGGCUUUUUUCCGGUCCAACGCCGAUUACUCGCGGGGGAUCCGGCGCGCGAUCGGCGUGCCCGAGUUGGACGAGUAUUUCCGAGUCGAAUCGGAGUGCGACGAGGAGACUCGCGCUAGGGCUCUGGCGGAGGCGAUCGACGCGGUCAAGGUAAACACGAGCAGGUUGGCGUGCCGGCAGCUGGAGAAGAUCCACCGGCUGAGGAACAUCAGAGACUGGCAGAUGCUCCACCUCGACGCGACGGAGGUGUUCAGGAAGCGCGGCGGGGAGGCAGAGGCGGUGUGGAAUAGCGUGGUGGCUGGGACUGCGGAGGCGGUAGUGAGUAGGUUUUUGUACGAUUCGGAGCCUGUGGUUUACGGUGGGGUGAUGUCGAUGAGGAGCGGCGCUCGGCCGCUAUUGGAGGCGACGGCGUCUUAAUUGGGCGGCAAAUUUUCCCCGCAUUAUAAACUUACCGAUAUUAUAUUUAUUAAUAAUAAUGGGAAUUACCCGUACGAGAAUAAACUCAAACUACAUCAAAUAUUGAUUUUAUUCCGACCAUUUAUACAAAACUUAAACUUAAAACAAUAUUCUCUAUAUUAUACCUUUUUUAUUCAUAAAAUCCAAAAAAAAUUUAGGUUUGAGUUUAGUGUAAACCUAAUAAUAAAUAUUUUUUUUUUCCAAAA